GAGGGAUACUGACAAAGUGAUUGCUCUGCAAUGACUACAGCAAGAUACAGGCCUACCUGGGACUUGGUACUUGACCCUUUGGUGUCCUGUAAACUCUGUCUUGGGGAAUAUCCUGUGGAACAGAUGACGACAAUAGCACAAUGCCAAUGCAUCUUCUGUACUCUGUGCCUAAAACAGUAUGUGGAACUUUUGAUCAAAGAAGGUCUAGAAACAGCAAUUAGUUGCCCUGACGCUUCUUGCCCAAAGCGAGGUCAUCUACAAGAAAAUGAGAUUGAGUGUAUGGUUGCAUCAGAAAUCAUGCAAAGGUACAAGAAGCUACAAUUUGAAAGAGAAGUGCUGUUGGAUCCAUGUCGGACUUGGUGUCCCUCUUCUGCCUGCCAAGCAGUUUGCCAACUCCAAGAAUCAGGGCCUCAGAAUCCUCAGCUGGUCCAGUGCAAAGCUUGUGAUAUAGAGUUCUGCUCAUCUUGUAAAUCCAAUUGGCAUCCAGGGCAAGGAUGUCAAGAGAAUAUGCCAAUCACCUUCCUCCCAGGAGAAACAAGUUCUGUGUAUAAAAUGGAAGAUGACGAUGCUCCAAUCAAACGCUGUCCAAAGUGCAAAGUUUAUAUUGAACGAGAUGAAGGUUGUGCCCAAAUGAUGUGUAAAAACUGCAAACAUGCCUUUUGCUGGUACUGUCUGGAAUCACUUGAUGAUGAUUUUCUCCUUAUACAUUAUGACAAAGGACCUUGUCGAAACAAGUUAGGUCACUCCAGGGCAUCUGUUAUCUGGCACAGAACACAACAGCCGAGUUCUUCAAACAUCACAGAUACUACAGGCUUAAAAUUCACAUUUUAUGGAGAGAGAAAGAAAGGAAGAAAGAAAGGUGGUGGGAAUCUUUGCAGGAUUUGGUCUACUGUUGUUAGUGGCUUCACCUUUCCUUUUACUUGCUACACCAUUUGUCCUUUGCUGCAAAUGCAAAUGUAAUAAAGGAGAUGAUGACCCUCUGCCUACCUAGAUCAUGAGAAGAUGGGACUCAUCUCUCACACAUUUUGUCUCCCUCUUGCACUUAUGUUGUAGCCUUACUCCCCCCAUUCUGUUUUUCCAUGACAGUGCCAUGAUUCCGCGAACUGUUGUCAGUACAUUUACAUAGACCAAGUACCAGUAGUCAAGUAAGGUAGUGGAAGGCAAGUCAGAAGUUUAGAGGAUGUUGUGGAACAAGAUAAGUAUCUGAAAUUAAGAGGUGAAGAUAUUCUUUCAUGUUGCCUUAUAAAGGCUGUCUUGGUGAACUAGGAAUUGUGCUGUUACAUCAGCAAAACAACCUAAAAAUAAAUCAAAUCUAACUUUUUCACAUAUAUGUUUGCAUCAAAAUGAGGUGUCUUAUUCAUAUUCCUGUUUAAGUCACCUAUUGUUUAAAUGUGGCUUUAAUAUAUCUGUUUAUUACAACUGUGUUUUUAUUAAUAUUGCUGUGGCAAAAAACCUUUUUAGUACUUAUUUUUCCAAGGAUAAUGGAAAUCAUUAAGGUGCAUAUUAGCUAUCAUAUGCCUUUCUUGAAUUUUGGGGAGAAUACAGCUGGAAUUUCUGCCUUCCAGGAAUUUUAGGAAGUCUUACAUGUUGAUUAUUUGAUCAAAAACUACAUUUAAAAAAAAAUCUAUCAACAGUGUAAGGUUGAGUGGUGUCACAAACUUGCUACCUAAUCAAGGUUCUUUUAAAAACAUCUAAUUGGUAUUGCUUAUGAUUGAAUCACCAGAGGUUUUUCUGAAGGGUUAAUUUUUUGCUGUUAAGGAGUCUGCUAAACUUACAGGGCUACUUAACUUUUAAUCCAGGUAUCUGAAUCUUUUUUAUUUAUAUAUUAAAAAAUCCUGAUUAAACCAAAUGUGUAAAUAUCUGUGCUUUUGAAUAUUUGGAAGUUCAAGAUAAUUCACUUUUGUCUUAAAAGCAUAUAUUUGGGGAAAAAAAUUACAGGAUUUGUUUUGCUUAUCAGCAGAUUGUCAGUUCAGCAAAUGUUUCGUUUUAACGAAACUUCAUAGUCCAUAAUAAAAAUAUCUGGGGUGUUUGUGAAAGAUCUAAUAGUUACAGUAUAUAGUCCAUUUUUCAAAGUUUAUAUCAUAUCAUUCAUGUGUGCUGUUACUAAUCAUACUGUGAGAAGAAAAAACAAAUUUCUCUAUAAAGAUUAGAUUUUGUUCUGACAUUACAUUACUUCUUCUUUGUGUGUAAUUUACAAUGUUGCAAGUUUCCAGGGUAGUAAAAUGCCCAAAUCAACAUAUUGUUAAUAUGCAGAAGUUACUGUUCUGCAACAUUUUGUGGAAAACGGUAACGAGACCCCUUUGUAAAUGGAAAACUAGCAAAAUAAUUUGACAAACAUUUAAUGUUGUUAUGACUGUGAUCAUGAAAUGUGGUACAGGUCUGUGUCCAAGGGUAUGUCUAGAUUUUUUUCGAGAGAGAUCGUCUAGACAGCCACGCAACUUUCAAAAAGUGAUCCGUUUUUUUUAAAGAGAGCAUCCUGGCAAUCGGGAUGCUCUCUUCCGAAAAAACCCUGCUUGCAUUCAAGAAUGCCUUUUUUUGAAAAAGCUCUU